AUGGAUGCGCCGUUGGCCAUGGUGCAAAUCAAUCUGAGGAGUCACCAAAGACCAUUAUUCACGAGAUACCAAUCACGAAGCCAGAACGCAGCAAUGCAAACUGCGACGGGGAGGGGGAUCAUGCCCGUUCCCCGACGUGGGAUACAGCAAGUCAAACCUUUGGACCGGCCACUAAAACUGCAGCAACUGGGAUUGCAGGUUAGGCUAAGGAAGCCGUGUCACAUUUUCCGCAAAUUAGCAACUAGAUCUUCCGAUUUUGAAGAAACAUGA